AUGGCAUUAUCCGAAGAUAAAAAUUUUAAGAAAUUUUACAAAACAUCGCCCGAUGGACAACUGCACUAUCAGGACGCCAUUAAAGCUAGAGAAGGUCUGACGAAAGAGGAAAUAGCAAAAACCUUUGACGCUUGGGUUGAUAAAGGAAAGUACGAAUCGGACACAUCAAGGCUGGGCUAUGUCGGACCCCAGGUCACAGCCGAAACCGUCUCUAAACUUUAUGACGAUGUUCAGCGUGAACGUAUUAAAAUACUCGACGUUGCUGCUGGUACUGGCUUGCUAUCGCGAGAGCUAAGAAAAUAUGGAUUUAAGAAUAUUGACGGUGUUGAUCCCAGCGAGAAAUCAAAAGAAUUGGCAAUGAAAGAUGGUCUAUAUGAUAGAUAUGUGGUAGAUUUUGUUGAUGAGCAUGAUCUUGAUAUUCAAUCAGAGUCUUAUGAUUGUGUAGCAUCUACAGGAGGAUUUGCUGCAGGAUUGAUGCCUUGUAGUGCCAUAAAGGAAUUCAUUAGAGUUGCUAAAAUAGGUGGUAUGAUAUGUUUCAGCGUACCAGAUUAUAUAUACACAGCGUGUGAAGAGUACAGGGACAGGUUCGAACCCCGUCUGGUGCAGUAUGAAGACUCGGGUUUGUGGAAAAGACGCAGCAAAACACCUGUGAAAUCUUACCUCGAUAAUGCUCCUGGGACAAUUUAUGUUUUUACUAAAAUUAAAUCUUUAUAA